GAUUCGUGUGGCAGCAGUGAAUUCCAAUGCAAAAACAGGGGCUGCAUACCGCAAUCGAGGCGAUGUGACGGUGUCGUCCACUGCUCUGACGAGAGUGACGAGCAGAAUUGCGCCUGCACGGACAGGUACAUGCCGUGCAAGAAUGGGCCGUGCGUGCAUGUUGAUUGGCGGUGCGAUGGUCAGGCCGACUGCCCGCUCGCUGAUGACGAGGCUGGAUGCCGUUAG